AAAUCUGGGUCUCAAGCUAAUGGAUGAAGAUGUUGAUGCCUUUAAAAAAGAAUUUAAAAGAUUCAAAAGACCAAGCGAGGAUGACAUAAAAGACAUCAUUGAUUUCACUCAACCUGAAAGGUUUAAUGAGAUCCUUACUAUCCAGACAGUAGUUGAUCCUCCUCCAUUAGGAGCUUCAAUCAGUGAUGUACAAUCAUCGUGUAAUGAGUUAGGAUUAACAUUACCAAGCGAAUGGAAAGUUUAUAGUCUCAAAACCAUACCUGGACUGAUAUUCAUUACUAAUCCAUUCCUGUGUGGAGGGCAGCACUAUUGGAUACAAAAGUGUCUAUUACAGUAUCCAUUACUACCCAAUGUCACUAACUUAGACUCACACAUCAGCAGAACAGGAUCAGGACAAAUAUGGCCAAUGGGCGACUCACCAGUUUCAGUACAUAAAGACUCUUUGCUUUAUAAGUUACGCUGGGUGACACUAGGCUAUCAUUACAACUGGACCUCCAAAUUAUAUCACAAAGAGCAUCACUCGCCUUUUCCAUCUGACCUCUCUCUCCUCUCUCAUUUUAUCCUCUCCUCCGUCGGUUUUCCAGACUUCAAAGCCGAGGCAGCCAUUGUUAACUAUUAUCACUUUGAGUCGACGCUCUCAGGCCACACUGAUCAUUCUGAAGCUGAUCUCACUUCUCCUCUAAUUUCCCUCAGUUUUGGCCAGUCAGCUAUUUUCCUGAUUGGAGGUCACACAAAGUCCAUCCCACCAUUAGCCCUCAUGAUAAGGAGUGGGGAUAUUAUAAUAAUGUCAAAGGAGAGCAGAUUAGCUUAUCAUGGUGUACCUAAAAUCCUAAGACCAGGCAAUGAUGAUGCUCCCAUUCCUUACUGCCUGAGUAGAGAAGCACUUUUAAAGAGAAGAGAAAUACAGAAAGACAAUACUAAGUGCUCCAUAUGUGGGGCCACACUAAUUGAGAGAGACAACAGUUUGAAGAGAGGGAGGAAUGAAAAGGAGGAUCAGAAAGGAGAAGAAAGUUAUUGUUCGAAAAGAAAAGCUUUAAUUGAUGAACAACUUUCUGGUUCCAAAACACAGGAACCUAAUAUCAAAUCUCCAAGUAUCGAGACUCAAGAUGAUACACCGUGUAAUAGUACUGAUAAUACUGUUAGUUCUGAAGUGACUGAUGGUCAUGAUUUCAUGUGUAGAGACUGCGAGUGGCUGCAUUUAAAUUGGACUGACAUAGAAUGUUACAUGAAUUAUUCAAGAAUUAACAUAAAUGUGAGACAAGUUGGUGAGAUUAAGUGAUAAUAAUAUUGACACAAACACAACAAAUAAUCACAACAAUGAUUAUGCUGAUAAUAAUAAUAACAACAAUGAUUGUAAUACGGAGUCAUUGAUUAUUAGAUUAGUAUUGUUUUAUUGUA